AUGCCAUCCUCGACUACCUGGUUCAUAUUUGGUAUAACGUUAGUAUUCCUCACCGUUACUCGCUGCAUCGCUGAUGGCAAGUUGAGGAAGUCAAAGUACAAGAACAUAAUAUUUGUCGGGCCAACAGGGAUUGGAACUGUGAUUGGGUUUUUUCAGCUUCUACUCGGAACCCGCGACUUUAUUCAGGAAGGCUACGAUCAGCACUAUGGAAAGUUGUUCGCAAUUCCUACUCUGUUCCAGAUGACAAUUGUUGUCUCCGGUCAUGAUCUCAUCGAGGACAUCCGGAAAGCGAGCGACGAUCAAUUGUCUUUAUAUGGCUCUAUCAAAGAGGGUAUGCAAACUGACUACACGAUGGAGCCGCACAUUCUCGAGAACCCUUAUCACUUUCGAUUUAUCCAUCUCUCCCUAACACGCGAUCUUGGAGGUCGUUUUCCUGAACUCAAGGAAGAGGUCAUUGCAGCUUUCUCAGAGCUUGUGCCUCCAACUGAUGGUGAGGAAUUUAUUCUUAUCCUUCGAGAUUUUUCAUCUAACAAGUCAAGAGACUGGACCACCUUUCCGGCUUGGCUUACUGGAAAACUUGUGGUCCUCAGAGUCGUCAACAGAUUAUUCGUUGGUCCUUCACUUUGCAACAAUUCAGACUACAAUGAAAUCAACGACGCAUACUCAGAUGCUCUUGUUAAAACUGCUCUGAUCAUAGGUUUCACACCUGGUUUCCUCAAGCCAAUUGUCUCCAGACUUCUUGAUGUCUAUAUUCCCAAAACUUUGCGGCGUGCAAUGAAACAUAUUUCUCCUCUUGUCGAAGAACGCCUUGAGAAAGAAAAAUUGUUCGGCGCCGAUUGGGCUGGAAAAUCAAAUGAUCUUCUCAGUUGGCUGAUUGAGAAAACGCCGGAAAGCGAUAAAUUAUCUGUGACUACGAUUAAGGCAAUCACAAUCAGACUGUUAGCGACUAUGUUUGCGGCGUAUCGCCCAGCAUCUAUGGCUUUGACACAAGCGCUAUUUGACCUGGCUACAUUUCCAGUAUAUAUUCCGGAGCUACGAGCUGAAGUAGAAUCGAUUGUCAAAGAGGAAGGUAUAUCCAAGGAUUCCAUUGGCAAGAUGUAUAAGCUCGAUAGCUUUAUCAAGGAGUCUCUACGCCUACGGGCAGGUGGAAAAGCGAGCAUGCCCCGCAAGGUUCUGAAGGAUUUCACGUUCUCCAAUGGGACGACUGUCUUCGCAGGGAGCUCUAUUAUUGCCCCUGGCUAUGCGAUACACCACGAUGCUAGGCACUAUUCCAAUCCAGCUGAUUUUGACGGGUUCAGAUUUGCUCGACUGAGGGAAGAACAAGAUGACCCUGUUCGAUACCAAAUGGUAUCCGUGGGUCCUACUUUCAUGAUGUUUGGUAAUGGAAGGCAUGCUUGUCCUGGCCGCUUUCUAGUAUCAGCGCUGUUGAAGACCAUGCUCGCUCACGUCUUGAUGACAUACGACAUCAAGCUGGAACAUAACGGUAGACGACCCACGGAUAAGUGGUAUACUUUUUCACCCGCUCCAAACCAGACUGCUGGAUUAUUGUUCCGUAGACGAUCAGCACCUAGUUGCUAA